AUGCAUUUCCUCAAGCCCACCGCCCUCCUUGCGCUCGCAGCCCUGUCGGCCAACGCCCUGCCCACAGAGACGCCCGACUCACGGGGGAUUUUCGACGAGAUUCAGAUCACGGACGACCUCCUCAUCUUCGAUUCCCCCGCCUUCCCUGACCCCAACAAGGCAGGGAACACCCUCGUCGCUCUGCAGACCUUCACCUCGCUGCGCCAGCUCGACCUGGGUGUUGUUACCGUCGCCGUGACUGCAUUUCUCAAAACGCUGAAUAUCGACGUCGGCAACAGCCUGAACACUCUCCAGGAGCGCAUCAAGCUGUUCGGCGCGAUUGGACUGCCAGGCAAGCACGCGACAAUUGAAGUUCCAGGGUGCUCGACGUCGUCUGUGGAGACGGGGGACUCAUCUGGCUUGCCCGACCUCGGCCUGUCGAUCUCGACUUUGUCCUUGGGCAACUGUGGAAGCACGACCGAACUCACUGCCACCGCGGAUUUGACUUCCAUCGACAAGAGGAACAUCCAUGGAACUAUCUUCUCGUCGUCCAGCUCUGGCUUCGGAGUCAUCUCUGACAUCGACGACACGGUCAAGAUCUCCAACGUCCUCGACACCGUCGCGUCCAUCAAGACCGCCCUGCUCGACGAGCCCAAGCCCGUGCCCGGCAUGCCGGCGCUCUACACCUCCCUCGCCAACUCGCUUAAACCCCAGUUCUUCUACGUCACUGGCUCAACAUACCAGUUCUACCCCUUCCUGAACCAGUUCCUCGACACCACCUACUCGACGGCCAAGGGCCCCAUCUUCACGCGCAACUUGACAAUCAUCGACCCUGCACAGCUGAUCUCUCUCAUCACGAGCUCGACCACACAGGAGUACAAGGUUGGCCAGAUUGAUAGGCUUAGGAGCAUGUAUCCGAGCAAGAAGUGGCUCGCUAUUGGUGAUUCAACGCAGAAGGAUCCCGAGGCUUAUGCUGAGGCUUUCAAGAAAGGUGUCCCAAUCCAAUGCACCUGGAUCCGCCGCGUCGAGGGUGCCAACAACACUGCCGAACGCUUCGCCACCGCCUUCUCUGGCGUUCCUGCCACCAAGUACAGAAUCUUUACUGAUGCUGAUAUUCCUUCACUCGCGAAGAUCAACGUUGCUGGUGGCGCGUGCUAG